AUGUCAUGGUUAAAAAAACAUAAUCCUCAAAUUUUGUGGGAGAAACACACACUUGUUUUCAAUUUGGUAUACUGCUCCAACAAUUGCUUAUCCACUCCUGCUGUUUUAGAAUUAAAAGCAGUAGAAGAAAUCCCCAUUCCUUAUCAAGAGUUUGCUAGAGUAUUUUCAGAAGAAGAAUUGUCAAAAUUACCACCCCACUGUCCUUACAACAUUGCCAUUGAAUUGCUUCCAGACGCGCAACCACAGCAUGGUCCCAUAUACAGUUUAGGCCCAAAAGAAGAUGCAGAGCUCAAGGAAACCAUUGAGAAACAGCUCAAGGCUGGACUGAUUUGUCCAUCUAAGUCCCCUAUGGCAUCCCCCAUACUAUUUGUCAAAAAGAAAAACGGGAAACUAUGCAUGUGUGUAGAUUAUUGGCGCCUGAAUAGCAUGACCAAGAAAAACGUCUAUCCCCUGCCUUUACCACAAAACCUUAUUGAAAAGCUACAAGGUGCCAAAAUAUUUAGUAAAUUUGAUCUCAAGGCAGGAUAUAAUUUAGUCCAAAUUAAAGAAGGCAACAAAUGGAAAACAGCCUUCAAAACAAAAUACAGAUUAUUCAAAUAUUUGGUUAUGCCCUUUGGAUUGACAAAUGCGCCGGCGGCUUUUCAGGAUAUGAUGAAUGAGAUAUUUAGAGACCUAUUGGAUGUUUAUGUCAUCAUAUAUCUGGACAAUAUUCUAGUCUUUUCCUUGAAUGAAGAAGAUCAUGAAAUUCAUGUGCAAGAAGUACUCAGGAGGCUACAGGACAACAACCUCUUUUGCAACAUCAAGAAAUGCCAUUUCCAUGUCAAGAAAAUCGAUUACCUAGGGUUCAUUAUAUUGGAAUUUGGCAUAGAAGUGGACCAGUCUAAAGUAACCAACGCACUGAACUGGUCCAUUCCCAAAAAUGUCAAAAAUAUACAAGAAUUCCUGGGUUUUGUGAAUUUUUAUAGACAAUUCAUCCCUAAUUUUGGCAAUAUGGCACAACCCCUAUACAAUUUGCUUAAGAAAGAUAGUACUUGGAAAUGGGAAUUGGCAGAACAACAAUCUUUUGAAGGUCUAAAGAAAUGUCUUACGUCAGCACCAUUGCUCCUACAACCAGAUACAACAAAACAGUUCUACAUAGAAUGUGAUGCAUCAGACUAUGCCACUGGGGCAAUAUUAUCCCAACGCAAUGAGGAAGGAAAACUGGCCCCAGUAGUCUACCUAUCUAAGUCACUGUCCCUGGCCAAAAAGAACUAUGACAUUUUUGAUAAGGAAUUGCUAGCUGUCAUCAGGGCAUUUAAAGAAUGGCGUCACCUGCUAGAAGGAUUGGAAUUGCCAGUCCAAGUUCUAACGGAUCAUAAAAACUUGGAGUAUUUUUCCACAUCACAAUCCCUGAAUAAACGGCAAAUCAGAUGGGCAAACUUCUUGAACCAGGUUCUCCUGAAACCAGAACUUUUUAUUGCAUCUGUCACCCCAGAUCAAGAGAUCAACAACCUAAUUGGCAAAGCCAUCUAUGAGGAUGACCGUCUGAAAGAAAUUCUGCAUAAGCUCCAGAACAAGGAUAAAGUCACAGACUGGGAACUAAAAGAAGGGUUACUAUGGUAUCAAGGAAAAAUCUUUGUACCUAAAGAUGAUACUAUCAGGAAUCUCAUCUUGGAAUCUAGGCAUGACGCAUUAGCCACAGGACAUCCAGGACAGGCCAGAACAUUAGAACUUGUCUCUAGAAAUUACUACUGGCCAUCCCUGAAAAAAUUUGUCAACUCUUAUGUCAGUCAUUGCAAAACGUGCAUUAGAUCAAAGCCAACCAAUCAGGUGCCCAUAGGAUUAUUAAAACCAUUGCAAAUUCCUGAAUGCCCUUGGGAAGACAUAGCAUAUGAUAUGAUUGUGGGAUUACCAGUUUCAGAGGGAUUUGACGCCAUCCUCACUGUCAUUGACCAAUUUUCAAAAAUGGUUCACUUUAUUCCCACCCAAUCCACAGCGUCUGCUAUUGACAUUGCCAACUUGUUCAUCACAUAUGUUUGGAAAUUACAUGGCUUGCCCAGGAGUACCAUUUCAGACAGAGGCCCCACAUUCAAUGCCAAGUUUAUUUGUCAUCUCUAUAAAAGAUUGGACAUCAAACCUUUGUACUCUACAGCCUAUCACCCACAAACAGAUGGGCAGACAGAACAAAUACAACAAGAGGCCAAGAUCUUCAUUUGCAUGUUUGGAAACCAUCAACAAUCAGAUUGGAAAACAGAGGAAUUGGUACCCAACGCGGAUGAACAUGCGGAGUACUUAGAAAAGGGCUACAAUGAAGUCAAAGCAGCACUUUCCUUAUCACAAGAAAAGAUGAAAUACUUCUAUGAUCAGCGUCACAGAAAAGAAGAGGAAAUCCAAGUAGGAGACAAAGUUUGGUUGAGUCAUCAGAAUAUAUCUACUGAUAGGCCAUCCAUCAAACUCAGCCAUAAAAAGCUAGGUCCCUACCUGGUAGUGAAAAAAAUUGGAUUGCAUGCAUAUAAACUUCAACUACCCCAUACCAUGCGCAUACAUCCAGUCUUUCAUAUUAAUCUUCUGACAAAGUUCCACCCCAACCCUCACAGACGCAAUCCUCCUCAACCUGCACCUAUCAUCACAGAAGAAGGCAAAGAGGAAUAUGAAGUAGAAAAGAUCCUAGAUAGCAAGUGGAAGGGACAAGGGAAGACAAAGAAGUUAUGGUACUUGGUCAAAUGGAAAGGUUAUGACAAAGGAAGUAAUUUGUGGGAGCCAAUAGACAAUGUGGGAAAUGCUCAAGAAGUCCUAGAGGAAUUUCACAAGGAACACCCUGACGCAGUUGGAGCCUGA